AUGGUCGCCCGAAUAAUUUCUUGGCCUAAAGAACUCACCGAGUUCCGUUUCUACAAAUGCUGGAAUAACGACAACUAUCGCAUCGACCUGUCCAUGGUCCAAAGGUGGUUGCAGGCUCACAAGACCAGCCUUAGAUACAUCAUGAUUAAUGAACUAUCGCUUCAGAGACCACCGGAGGGUCAGCUUGAUUUCAAUGCUGUACAAUUCACUAGUCUGAAACAUCUCCAUCUCUCUCGAUGGCUCUGGAGUAAGCCUCUCGAUUUGAGUCUGGCCAAAGCCGAAGCGGAGUCACUGCUGGCGCCGAAAUUGCGCGUCUUUGUAUGGGACUUCACUGCAGAACGCGACGGAUUCCGUGAAUUUUGGACGGAUUUUGGAGCACAAGAAGAAGAGUGGUUGAAAGUGUUUGCGCAGGUAGCAAUCUCUAGGAGAGAUAGACACUGUCUGCAAGAGAUUCGCAUCCAAUUUACGCCGGAGGAUAUGGGUUGGGGGCGAGAAUCUGAAAUCUACCCAUGGGAUAGAUUGGAUCGGAUCCGCGAGGAAGUCGUGCAGCAGUCUGGAGGAUUGGUGGCGUUAACGUACAAUAAGCCUGUGUUUAGUAGGGAGGAAUGGAAGGAUUUCUUAGAGGAAAGGAGUGGAAGAAUACAUUGA